AUGUCUACAGCUACCCGCACCAAAGUUGCUGGGAAUCGUGACUUGGAUGACGAGGCUGUUGCCAGUCUGCUCCGAGCUGUGAAGACGAUUGCCGCAAAAGAAGUAGAAGUAGUAGAUCCCGUUGCAAAAUUGAAUUUGCUGGAUCGUAGUCCUCAAAGACGGCAUUGCGCCCCGACGAGCCCAAUGCUACGAGGAAGAAGCAUCUCUUUUGCUACCGAAGAGUUGACACGUGACCCAUCAGCCAGAGCUUCUGCCUCCUCACCUCUUCUGUCGCCAUCGUCAAUUUCGCCCGUGAGACCACAACCAAGAGCUGUUGUGCCAGAUUUGAUAGAACACCAUGAUUGGUCCAAACGUGUUGGGUCUUACAAAGAAUCACUUCAACAAACAAUAAAAAAGCGGAAGGAUGGUAGUUUUGUUGGCCAAAUUCCAAGAGCAAAAGUCCGGGCAACCCUUCGACGAAAGUUUUCAUGGAAACUAUACCCAGAGUUGGAGCACUAUUUGUUGCAGAAAAAGAGAGCUUAUUUUGAAUUCUCGUCCCGUAACUACACUCCAGAACAGAGAAGAUUCAACAACACCUUGACUCGGGAGCUACUGGACCUUGCGUCCAGUCAGGGAUUUGCAUUUGAGAGUUUCACUUUUGCCAUGGUACGAGAUCGCAUACGCUGCUACUACAAAAGCUACUCCCAGUCGAUGAAAAAGAAAAUGAGAAAAUAA